AUGGCGAGGAUCGAUUCCGAAUGCAUUACAGAGUCGAUGUUGAUCGACACAUCUUGGUCGACACAAGAAGAUGUGUCGAUCAACACCAAGGCCGCCCGUAGAAAGGAGAUACGUCUCAUUGAAGUAUUGAUGCCGAAGGAAAGACCCAUAUUUUCAAAGGUAAGUAAUAACGCUAGAGUAUCACCAUAUCCUGACCGUCGAUCUUCGAACAGCAACAAACAAGUAUCACAUGAGUCAAAGAUUUCGGUCCAUUUAGAAUGGGAGGAUGUUAUGUGCGUUAUAUGCAUGGAACCACCCCACAAUGCUGUCCUCUUGCGCUGCUCGUCAUACUCUAAAGGAUGUCGUCCUUAUAUGUGUGAUACAAAUCUCUAUCACUCCAAUUGUUUCAAUCAAUUCAGCGAAAACAACAGGCGCCACUCAAAUGUGAAGACUUUAAGUUGUCCUCUCUGUAGAGGAGAAGUCUAUGGGACAGUGUAUUCGACAAGUGGAAGAAGAUUCAUGAAUGCUAAACCAAGGCCUUGCUCUGUCGAUAAAUGCAAAUUUUCCGGAACAUAUUCUAAGCUCGAUAAGCACUUCAUAACAGCGCAUAUGUAUCCCAAUACACCAAAUGUUGAUCCAUUGAGGCAAUGGACGCCGGAACAAAUACACAGGAGUGCUGAAUACAUAGAACAGAUGAGUCAAACUGAAAUUCCGUAUAGGCUUCAGGUUGUGCAACAUCAAUUUCCAUACAUUUAUCACCCCUCUAUGAUUCAGAGGAACGUUAACGGAACUGUGCAAAGUCUUCUUUACUCGAGACAGGAAACGAAUCACUUUGGACUCGGCAACAACACCACAUAUUCCAUGCCUAGACUGGAGUUUCAAGCUAUGUCCAUGUUUUAUGGAUGGGUUUCAUAA